CUGUGUAAUUACGUGGGUGAAAAAAAAAAGAAAAAAGUUGGGUCUGAUUUGCUGGGAUCGCGCAGGACCGAAGGUGCACCGGUCGAUUUCAUAUCAAGUUUGGUGAAAGCAAGGGGUGAACAUCACACACUCGGCGCCCUCUGAAGCUUCCCACAAUGCUUUUAUGAACGAGAUAUCACAGCAGCGAGACGCGCACAGAGCCCGUGUAGUACAGAGGAGUACGCAGCACCGGCUCUACGAGUACAAUCUGCAAGUGCUUACCGUGCAUGUCAACUUUACAACAAAAAAAAUCUGCAUAAAUACCUGCACCCUUUUUUCUCUCUGCGGAGACGACAAUCUUUUUUUUGGAUCGCAAAAAAAAUCCAUGGAUGUUCUAGGAUAAUCUCGUUGUUUUACGCGGAUAGCUGCUCCACAGUCUUGCAUGGUGCACAUCGGUCCAGGAAUGGCGCGAUAAAGUGAUCAGAGGAAUCAGUCCAAGUACAUUCACUUUUUGUGUAGCCGUCUCGUCAUGUAUUCUCCGAUUUGUCUAACUCAGGAUGAAUUUCAUCCCUUCAUCGAGGCACUUCUUCCUCACGUCCGUGCCAUCGCCUACACGUGGUUCAACCUCCAGGCCAGAAAACGCAAGUACUUCAAGAAGCACGAGAAGCGGAUGUCCAAGGACGAGGAGCGCGCGGUGAAGGACGAGCUUCUGAGCGAGAAGCCCGAGGUUAAGCAGAAAUGGGCAUCCAGGCUGCUGGCCAAGCUGCGUAAGGACAUUCGGCAGGAGUACCGGGAGGACUUUGUCCUCAGCGUGACGGGCAAGAAGCACCCGUGCUGUGUGCUAUCCAACCCGGACCAGAAGGGCAAGAUCCGCCGGAUCGACUGUUUGCGGCAGGCCGACAAAGUUUGGCGUCUGGACCUGGUGAUGGUCAUCCUCUUCAAAGGCAUCCCUCUGGAAAGUACAGACGGCGAACGCCUCGUCAAGUCUCCACAUUGCACCAACCCAGCACUUUGUGUCCAGCCACACCACAUAACAGUAUCGGUCAAGGAGCUGGACUUGUUUCUAGCAUACUAUGUCCAGGACCAAGACUCGCAGCAGUCAGGAAGUCCCAGUAACAAUGAGCCAGGCAAGAACCCUCUUCCAGUCUAUUUGGAAGACAGCUUCAUCAAAUCAGGAGUCUUCAGUGUUACAGAACUGGUGCGAGUGUCCAGAAUGCCCAUCACCCACGGUGCUGCGGUAAACUUCUCCAUGGCCGACAUGCCCAGCCAACCUUACUAUCAUGACCUGAACUCCAGCGUGGGGCUGCACCGCUCCCUGUCCUCCCCUCCCGGCAGCAAAAGGCCCAAAACCGUCAACAUGGAGGAGAACAUGGACACCAGCCCGACAGGACCUGACUUCUACUCGUCACCCAGCUCACCUGCAAGCAGUCGGGCAAACUGGCACGAUAGAGACGGAGCAGACAUGUCCUCUCCCACCAUGAAGAAGCCAGAGAAGCCGCUGUUCAGCCCCACCUCCCCGCAGGACUCCUCACCACGACUCAGCACUUUCCCUCAGCCUCAUCACCCAGGCCUAACAGGUGUAGGACACAGUGUUAUAUCGACGAGGAGCCCCCCUCCACACUCGCCCCUGCAGUUCUCGGCCUCGGCUAUCUUGCCCCCGGCGCCUUCGCCCUACUUCUCGCACACCACCAUCCGCUACCCACCCCACCUCAACCCAGCUGAUCCCCUCAAGAGCUACGUGCCGUCAUACGACCCGUCCAGCCCUCAGAGCAGCCAGCCUAACAGCAGUGGUCAGGUGGUAGGAAAGGUCCCAGGCCACUUCACCCCAGUUCUGGCUCCCUCCCCACACCACGGCGCUGUGCGACCCGUCUCGCUCUCCAUGCCAGACACCAAGCCCAUCACCACAUCCACAGAAGGCUACUCAGCCCCUGGCACCCCGACGGCUAACCGUUUUGUAGGCCUGAGCCCGAGAGAUCCCGCCUUCCUCCACCAGCAACAGCUGAGGAAGUGUGACUGGAGCGUGACUCAAAACGGCAGGCAUUAUGGCCCCAGUGCCACUGACGACACUUUGGGGAUUACUUGGCAAAGUCCUGGUACCUGGGCGAGCUUAGUUCCAUUCCAAGUGUCGAACGGGACUCCGAUUCUGCCAACAAAUGUCCACCAGAACUACAGCAUAAACAUCAUUGGUGAGCCCCUGGUCCCCGCUGAGACAGGGAACUGAACACGCAGAGGCCGGAUGACCCCCAGGGUGGAUGCGUGGGUGGGGGUGUUGGUGGUGCACAGCCAGCACUACAGGUGUCCGCAGCCAUGGAUGAAACCAGCAAAGCAGCACGAGCUGCACAAUCGUCCCCCCAACUUCCAAUCUCGCCCCUCCCAUGCCCCCCCAGCUCCCGUCCCCCCGAUGAAGGACACUGGCCGUGAAGUGAAGACGAGGGUUCGGAGGAAAGAAAAAAGAAAAAGCUUCAGGUCUGCUGUCUCCUCGCCCCGCCCAGCCCCACACAUCCACCAGCCACCAGUCAGUCGUUGCGUUUGCAGAACUUUUCAAUCCAUUCAAAUACUGUGAUGUAUAGAUGCCUUAAUGUUUUAUUGCAUGACACUCUAGUCUCUUAGCGGCAAUUCCUACUAUUUUUCCAUGUUGGGGGAAGAUGUAAAAUCCUGAUUUACAACACACACACACAUGUGAAGAGGUCUGCGGACCGACAACCUCUGCCUGGUGGAUGGCUCCGAGACUCUAAGCUCUCCGAUCAGACCUCUUGAAAAGAGGAUUUCCCAUGUCAAACGAUUCACUGUGUACACCAUAGGAACAAAAAAAAGUUGUGAAUUCAGAGUGUUUCUUCUUCCGUUUGAUUUCAGUUUACUGUGAUACGACUCUUUGUUCAGAAAAUGUGUUGACUUUGUUUAUUCUUUUACUGCUACUUACUUCAAGAAUUAACGUAAAUACUUACGGUGAGAGUUGAGAACUCUUGAUGCGGUUUUCAAAAAACACUAAAUGUUUGGCUUGAGAUUGGACCCCUCAUUAAAGAAUUUGAAACUCCUUUACAAAAGGAUUUAAAAAAAGAAAAAGACGGAGAAUAAGAAAAUCUCGAAAGAGGCAAGUGCAAUUGAAUUUUUUGAAGGGAAGCUAUCAGUCUGUCAGCCCUAAGACUCUAAAGGAAGGGGGAUAAAUAUUAAAUGGUUUUAUGGGUAAAAUGUUUAAGAAAACAUUUGAAAUUGAUUUCAGUCACAUAUCCGUCUUCUCACAUGAGAAAAACAUCAAGCGUGAAAGGCAGUUGAAGGCAAGCACUGAGCUACCUGUGCAGCGCUGAGCAAAACCAGCACUUCUUUUGAGCCCUUCCCAUCAUUAUGGGGAGUUCUUUUUUUUAUUUAUUUUUGGGGGAAAAAAAUAACCGAACAUAAGCAAAGAAAUGACACACACACAUAGUGUGUAAAAAUGGCAUUUCAUUUUUUUUCUUUAAAUGUUCAAGAUAAGAUCAAAAGCAUAUGCAUUUGGCCAUCAGCUUCUAAAGCUUAUGUUUACAAAAAAUAUAUAUGGAAUGCAAAGUGUUAAUCCAUGGAAAUGUACAAUUCAUGCAAAUGUACAGUUGGCUUAUGUGUAAAGCUACAGUUUGUGCAAGGUUAACUCUACAGUGGAAGAGGUUGAAAACUGAAAUUAUGAAUCCAGGUGGUGGCAUAUCCCUGAAAUCUAGAAUUGUGCACGGCAUGUUCACAGCCAUUGCCUCUCCAGUCCAGACGUAUUUAUACAAGGAAAAUCUCUCCAAUACUCUUAAUUUGCACGAUGACAUAUAGUCCACAUUACGUGCCUUGCCUUUGAAUAUAGAGACAUCACUACACUUGUUUUUGCUGCAUUUAUCAUUAUAGAAAAAAAUUAACAUUUUUAUGAUAAGAAUUGUUUUGUACUCUGAAUGAAAUUGUUGAUUUUUAACUUCAUGUACUACUCUAUCUCACAGUUACAUUGCAUAUCAAGGCUGUGUAUAGUUGCCGUUUUAAAGUUUGUAAUCAACCAGCAUUUUUUUUUUUUUUUUUUUUUUCCCAGUAUUUUGGUGGUUUUUCUAAUAACCUAUCAUCUUUUGUUUUCCUUAUUUUUCAAUGCUCAUUUUGUUCAUCUUCCAAUUACUAUUGUGGAGGGUGGAAUUCAGAAUUAUGAAAAUUAUGCAAUACCAAGUUUUGCCUAUGUAGGUAGUGCUUAUAGAUGCGUCAAUUAUUAGAGGCUAGUUUGGAGAUAGACAAUAUUGUAAUGCAUUUAUUUUGUUGAUAUCGUUGUUUGUCGUUGUUGUUGUUGAUGAUGUUGUUGUUGUUGUGGGUGUUUUCCUUUUUUAUUGACCAAAGUGGGGACUGCUUUCUAUGCAGUGUAUGACAAGGUCUUUUUUUUUCUUUCUUUCUUUCUUUAGCGUAUAGGCCUACCGAAUGACGGUGAGACGUGUUCCAGUGUAUUUUGAAUUCGGGAGUUUUAGGGGGAGGGGCGGUAUUUUUCUAGAAGUACUUAUGAGGAAAAAGAAUGCACCCUUGGUCUUUCUACGGCUGCAAAGUCACUGAUUGGUCUACUGUGACUCUUACUUUCAACUUUCCACCUGGGGUGCUAGCAUGUGACCUUGAAGGAGCUCAUUUUUCACAGGAGAGACGGCUUGACUUGAGUAUGACAAUCAUUGAAAGAAAUCAUUUUGCGUUCCGUCAUAGAUCCCUUAAAGCUGCAACCGACGACGGAUACCGUUGCACGCUCGUAUCAAACACUACGCCGUACUAUUGUAGACGUCACCGAAUGCAAUUCCCAAGUAGAUGCCUUAAACACAUCAGUGAAGUGGCCUGUGACCUGCGCAACAAUCACACACCGACUAAUGCUAGUGAGACCUGUCCAAAUCAGUUCCAGACAGGCUCAAGCAAGCCUUUAGAAAGUAUUUUAUAAGUAGUAGAUUUGUAUAAAUGUAUAUACGAUAUGCACAUAUGUCAAUUCCUGAGAUACUUCCCCAGCGGAGAGCCCAGUAGAGUAUGUUCAAGUAAAUAUUGGACGCAUGGUGUUUUUUAACUUCAUGUCCAGUGGCCCAGUAGAAGCUUAAAUAGAAUCCACUAGAAGAAAAAUAUAGCACUUAACUAGCACAUAGGCAAUCGUCUUCUCCCCCUCACAGUGUUUUAAACCUAGUCUUAAACUAAAUCUCUCAGGCGUAAUACAGGGCAUUAUUUAUAUCAAUCAUUAUCUUACCAUUUUUAAUGUAAAAAAAAAAAGAAUUCUCACAGAGAGAGCGGCGCCUCCGAUGCUGCUCUGACACCUUUUUGCACUCUUUCCCUACAAUCGUGAAAGAAACGUUCCCCUCGGAGAGAGGCGGUACUACCGGGAGCUCUCUGCCAGUAGCGAGCAGAGGGUCAAGAAGCAGAAAACGUUUUUAAAACAAUCCUCAAGUCAAGCUCAAUCUCUCCGUCUUCACCCAGAUUUCUUAUGCAGAAAAAAAUUCAAAAAGUCACCCCGUUCUAUGUGCACUGUUCUGUCUUUUUUUUGUUGUUGUUUUAUUCUUUAAAUUUUUUUUUUCUUUUAAAAGAAAAACUCUAAGUGCUUUGCAGCCUUUGGCCAUUGGAGACCCCACUGACGUGCAUUGUCCCCAAGUGUGUUUGUGAGUGGGUGUGUGUUUGCCUGUGUGCGUGUGAUAAAAAUGUGUCAGGGUCACUGUGCUGUUGGUGUUUAUUUGAAUAGGAGACUGUACAUAAAGGUAAAUAUCCUGAUUGCGUCGAUAGCAGUAGUCUGUGGGGUUGAACUCUGCUUUGGCAGCUUGAGUGUUCGUGUGCAUGCGCGCGUGUGUGACUUUGUGAGCUGGGUGUGUGAUCGAGUGCCUCUGACACUACACAAUGAGAGAAGAUGAGGGUCUUUCUAUUGAAAAAAAAAAAAGCCUGCCGUAGGACAGGAGUUUGUACACUGUAAACUUUCUCGAGAGUUCUCCUCUUAAAGCCCUUAUUUGUAAAUCUUCAAUUCUGGGGAAAAAUAAGUCAGUUCCAUUUUAGGAAAAAAUAAAUUUAAUUUGGGGUUUGUUUUGGAGGCUGGAUUUGAGUUAGAACUCUCCAGGUUUCCCCGAUUAGUAGAAUCUAAAGUGUUUUCAUCGGUUGUAUUCCUGUAUGUGGAGUCAAAAAAUAUUCUAUACAGAUCCAUAAAUAUUAAAAAAAACAACAACAAUGAAGGCUUUUUUAUUAUUAAUAUUAUUAUUUCUGAUCUUGGUUAGUGCUUAGAUAUUUCCAUUUGGGAAACACUUCAUGAAUAUUUGAAUUGUUGUUCUUUCAUUAGUGUGGCCAUAGCGAGUGUGAUGUGAUUUAUCUCAUUUUUUUUGCAAAUGGGUGUGAAUUCUUGUCCAACAAGAUCUUGGUGUGAGUGUGUUUCUUGUAGCAGCUGGGAGGUGACUUCACUUAACCAGUAGAUAAUAAAAGGCCCCAGAUUGCACCUGACCUUAAGCGAGAAGCAGGGUAAAAUCUGCAACGUCGAGCCGUCGACUUUGGCCGUAUGCAGACGACGCUCUUAAGUAUCUCUUUAAAUAUCAGUAACAACAUCUAGGCAUCACUCAUUUUGCACAUUCCACAUGCUGUCUAUGCCUGAUGUGUCGUAGGAAAGAUUUCAUUCACACUACAAACAAACAUUACAUUAAUUGCAGGUGCUUCAGAAUUGGGUACUGUACCUUCCAGCUGAUCAUAGCUAGUGUAUUUGGGCAUGUAUUUCUAUUGCUACGCAGGGUGUGAAUGUAGCCUGUUGAAAAGCUCUUGAAACUUAAUGAAAUUUUAAUCAAUGUUCCACCCAUCGGAAAGAGCCGUAUUCAAGGCAGAUUUUGACACUCACGACGACCUUAUUUUAGAAAGUAUUAUGUCAUUGAUCACCGCGAUCAUCGAGAAACAGGACAACUUUAUGCAAGGAGGACCUGUGGCACUCAUGCAAUAUGUGUGAUUUUCCUUUUAACUGAAUGUCACGCACUCUGUAGGGACUGAGAGGGCGUACACAUGCAGACUACGAGGAAAAGAUUAUCAUUUUCAUCCUACAUGAGCAAUACACACCUUCCAUACGUUGGCUAGCUGCUAGUCACUUGGCAUCAGGUUGUUAUAAAAACAUGAAAAACCAGCAUUUUUACAGGAUGUAACAUUCACCAAAAGAAGACAAAAAGAUAGCAAUGCAGUGCCUGUUCAAGCUGUCCAAGUGUCUAUUGUAUAUAAUUGUAAAAUGUGAUAGACUUACUUUCAUAUGUGACAAGAAAAACACCAUCACACAGAACAGAAUGUGGCGAACCCAUCUAGAAAUGUGCUCUUUAUGACUUUCAUUGUUUUUUUGUUUUUUCUUUUGCGAUUUUUUAAUUAUGUCAGCACACAAUGCCCACAUCAAGCUUGUUCGAAAUUUAAGAGGAAAUGUUCAUUCUUCUAUUUUUCUUUUGUUUUUUUCUGGGAGGGGGAAUGGGGCGGGGGGGUCAGUGCUACAUUAAGAGCAGUGAAAGGAUGGAAUAAUGUCUUUUCUUAAGAUUAGUCACCAGUUUUCUCUGCAGGGCUGAUUUAUUUUUGGGUCUUGUGGCACUUUUACUUCCCUCUGCGCACACAUUUCUACUUCAUGAAUCAUGGUGGAAUUAUAUAUAUAAAUAUAUAUAACGAACAACAACAACAACACCAACAAAACAAUAUGUAAACAGUCUCCAGUAGUGAUCGUAGUUACACUGCAAGUGUGUGCAAAGGUCUAUGUAUGUAUCUGAAUGUACGUUUUAGAGGACUUUUUGGAAACCUUUUUUGUUUUUUUAUCUUUUCAUUGACAGUUUAGGAGCCACAGGUGUCCAUUGUGAACUGUAUAGCGAAGGCCUUGAUAUCCCUUCUUUUAUUGAUUUUAGAAACGCCGAGCAUUAGGCGAUGCCUUCAAGCUGGUUACAUUUGGUGCAGGGGCUAAAAUUGCCACAAGAUUAAAAUCAGUGUAAAUAAAGGCUCAACUUUUUGUGAUUGUUACUGUUAUAUCCAGCCUAUACUGCUAGCAGCUGUUUUUACUGCAGUCAAUUACUGGAAGUGGAUAUAUUUCCUAUGCAAAACUGUUUAAACAAUAAAAUGAGCUAUGCUACAAAAAGGA